AUGUCAGCGCUGCAGUUGGUAGUUUUUCGAACUCUAAUGAUACAUGGCGUAUGAUAAUGGAGAUGUAUCGAUGCUGUAUGAUACACCAGUGUACCUUGAAAACAAAUGUUUUAUCUUCUCAUUUUCUAGUCUUCUUGAAACUUACAUACGUGCAUCGAUAAGUUUUCCUGUUUACUUAACCUUCAAAAUCCUGAACACUGAUACUUGACAAUAAUUAUGAAGUUCUUCGUAGUAUAAAAUUGCAAAAAAAUAAGUUUUUUUUGUCAUUAGUAACAAUGCAGAUAUCAAAUUAAUGCAUCAACGGCUGCGUCAAUUCAAUCCGGAAAGCCACAUUCAAAUUGUCACAAAAACAAUAACACGAUUAUAAAAAUCACACUGUAACGUUUUUAUUGCUUAUAUCUAUUGCCACUAGAUAUUUUAUAGGAUUUCUUUUUAAUUGAAUCUUAAUGACAUAAAAAUAUAAAUAUACUUUUAAUAUAAUAAUUGCGAGGACAGCGUCUUGAUCGACGUUGUUUCGAUUAUAUCUGGAUGUUGAUUUUGACGGCUGACAAAAUUGAGCCAUCACUAUCAUCGCUGUCAGAAACGUCGUCACCAACAUUGACGUCGACUUCUGCACCAACUCUUCUCCUAAGUACUCCAAGCAUGUCAGGUGAUCAUCAUCCGGUGAUUAAAUAUCCAUCUGAGUAUGUCAAGCUCAAUGUUGGUGGUUCUCUUCAUUAUACAACAAUUAGUACACUCAGAAAGUAUGAAACAAUGCUCCGUGCUAUGUUUUCUGGACGAAUGGAUGUGCAGACAGAUUCAGAAGGUUGGGUAUUGAUUGAUCGUUGUGGCAAGCAUUUUGGCACUGUAUUAAAUUUUCUUAGAGAUGGUACAGUUGCAUUACCAGAAAAUACGAAUGAAUUACUCGAAUUAUCGGCUGAAUCGAAGUAUUAUUGUAUUAAUGAAUUAACAGAAUCUUGUGCUGAGGCACUACGAAGAAAACAAAGAGAUGCCAAACCGAUAUGCAGGGUUGCUCUUAUAACAUCACAAAGUGAAGAACAAUUAUUAAUCAGCAGUACGUCGAAACCCAUUGUUAAACUUCUGCUUAAUAGGCAUAACAAUAAAUAUUCAUACACAAGCACAUCAGAUGAUAAUUUAUUAAAAAAUAUUGAAUUGUUUGACAAAAUGGCAUUGAGGUUCAAUGGAAGAAUUUUGUUUAUUAAAGAUGUUUUGUGGUCAAUUGAAAUAUGUUGUUGGUCAUUUUAUGGACAUGGUAGAAAAAUAUCUGAAGUAUGUUGUCAUUCUAUUGUUUAUACAACUGAUAAAAAACACACAAAAGUUGAAUUUCCUGAGGCCCGGAUUUACGAAGAAACGUUGAAUAUUUUGUUAUACGAAAAUAGAAAUGGACCAGACCAAGACUUAAUGCAGGCAACAUCAUCGAGAGGAGCAGUUGGUAAUGGUCCACCGUGCACAUCUGACGAAGAAGAAGGUGAACGCACUGGGCUCACUCGGCUUCGUACAAAUAAACUAAAUACUAAUUGAUAUCGGGGAUAAAAUAGGCACAUUAUAGACCGUGCCUUCUUCAGGCGAUGUGUCCACAUGCCCGAUUUUUCAUGGAAGUUCUAGCUGCAAGAUUCUGCGUGGGAAUAGUUUGUCUGUCAUAAAUGUAGGAAGCGAUCCGAUCACUCUCUGACGUUGCUACAGUAGAUACCAACUAAUUUCUAACUAAGAAAAUUUUAACGUAAACCUUAACCUUGUUUUGUUUGUAAAAAAUCAGUUAUGAUAGAUAAUACUACUAUUUAAAAAUAAUUAAUAAUUGAAAAGAAGAGAAUGAAUGAGUUUCUAAGCUGUUUAUUUCAUUAUGCAGUGACAAAUACAAGUACUUGAAAUUGUGUUUUGUGCCAAAGUAUUAGAAAAAUUGAUUGUCAUGUCAAAUUCUAAACGAAAAAUACUUGUGCAAAAAUUACACAUAUUCAUGAAAAUUAUAUCUAUUAUUGACUUAAUAGAUCAAAUAAAGGAAAAAAAAGUGAUCGGUACAAUAAAACAUUGUUAAAAAUGUUCACAAAUUUAAGACUAUCAAUAUCAGCCUAUCAUUUCCUUCUGUUACUUCAGUAUAUUUGUAGUUUUCAACGAAUUUGAUAGUAUUUCAACUUUUUUGAGGAAUUCUUCUUUUGCAUAUGGGUGGUUUUUUUUUUUCGUUAUUUCACAAACUUAUGAGUCAAAACAACGUCGAUCAAGACGCUGUCUUCGCAAUUAUUAUAUUAAAAGUAUAUUUGUCUCUGUAAAAUUUUACAAAAAUCAUUAGAAAUAUAAUUAUUCACGAGAAUCGUAAAGAAAUAUCAAAGUGGUUACAAAGGAAUUUCUUUUAUGUCAUUAAGAUUAAAUUAAAAAGAAAUCCCAAAAAAUUUUGAUAACGAAUUCGUUCCCGGUUGAAAAUUGGAAACUUUCAAAAUUUCGGCAAAAGCCUUUGUGGUCCCUACUGCUCUGAGAUCAAAUAUUUAUUAGAUUUAUCAAAUUUUAUAUUAAUAACACUUUAUUUAUGGAAAAACAUUCAAUUUAUACUUUUUUUUUGUUUUUUUUUUAAUUUAAAAACGGCAAAAUUAUAAAAAGUUUUAAUAAAAAAGAGAAAUUGAGUAUUAAAAUACAGUGACAGAAAAAAAAUAGUUGAUAGUUUUUUUUUUAUUCUUUAAACAACAAAAUUUAAAGUGUCAACCCUCAAUAUUUUUUUUUAAAAAUUAUUUAUCAACAUAAAUACCGAUUUUACCGAUCGAGCGAGCAAGGUAAAGAAGGUUUGCAGCAUAAACGCGAGUCGUUCUAAAAAAUAUGAAAAACCGAAUUGACAACAAUUGUUUAGGCAUUGAAUAACUUUUGAACAAAUCAACGUAGAAAAAUUUUAUAAAGCUCAAAAAGUUCUUUAUCAAAUUUCUGAGAGCCACACUAUUUACAAACAAACUGUUAAAAUCAAUCCUUCAUGGUUAUUUUUUCAUUAUAAGAUAGUGCAUAGUACUUAUUGUUAUAAACAAUUGUUAAUAGCUUAUUAAUUUGAGCUCGGAGCGAUUUUUAUCGAGAGAGUGUGGCUCUCGGUAUUCGAAAAACUAACAAUUUGAGACUAAAUUGAAGUUUUUAAGUUCAAUUUUUUAAGAGUUAUACGAAAUCUAAAAAAAUGUUAAAUUAGAUUUUUCGUUAAUUAACAAAUUUCUAACAAUCGUAAAAAAAUUGUUAUUUCUCAAAUAAAUAGAUUUUUUAAUUUUAAGUAUUCUGGCAAAAAAUCGCAUCCAUGAUUUGUUUUUAGUUUUCUUAAUAAUUCGUCUAAAAAAUUUAUCAACAAUCUUCUUUUGUUAAUAAUAAAUUAAUAAAAAAUUACGCAAACUUUUAUCAUAUCCUUGGUUAUAGUAAUUUUUCGAAGGUUCAAUUUGGUGCUAGUACGAACUUUCUAUCUACUUUACUUUUUGAGAUAUGAUUAUUUUUUCAUUUGGUCGUACAAAAAACAAUACUAGUAGGCUUACGCCUACGUUAAAUAUCUAGUGGCAAUAGAUAUAAGCAAUAAAAACGUUACAGUGUGAUUUUUGUAAUCAUGUUAUUGUUUUUGUGACAAUUCGAAAGUGACUUUCCGGAUUGAAUUGACGCAGCCAUUGAUCCAUUGAUUUGAUAUCUGCAUUGUUACUUGUGACAAAAAAAAACUUAUUUUUUUGCAAUUUUAUACUACGAAGAACUUCAUAAUUAUUGUCGAGUAUCAGUGUUCAGGAUUUUGAGGGUUAAGUAAACAGGAAAACCAGCGGUGAGAGUCACGGCUUAUCUCAGUUUAUGAUAUUCUACUGUUCUCAGGUAGAUUCAUUUUUAGCUCUCAAGUUUUGGCUAGUUUUGCCAAGUCCAAUAAAAGUAUAAAAAAGGGAUUCAGAAUAGUUUUUACUUUUUAAUUAAUAAUAAGCUAGAUUUUUUACUUAGCUUCAAUUAUAGUCAAAAACACAAUAUCUACAUAAUUUUACCAGCUCAAUUUUUCCUUCAGCUACAUCUUUUCCUCAGCUAGAGUUUUUACUUAGCUACAUUUUUUCCUUAGCUUUAAUUGUAGCCAAACACACAACAUCUAUCUUUCAAUGAGUACAGAAUUGAUUGCGGUCAGCCUAAGAUCAUGACAGACUUUGAAAAAGCAAUUAUAAAUUCAUGUGAAGAAGUUUUUCCAAACUAUCCUCUCAGCUGUUGCUUUUUCCAUCUUGGUCAGUCAGUAUAUCGACAGAUUCAAUCCGCUGGACUUCAAGUAGCAUACAAUGACCCAGAUAAUCGUUCAAUCAAAGUCUAUACUCACAUGAUGCUAGGACUAGCUUUUGUACCGGAAGAAGAUGUUCCUCGCAUUUUUUCUCUGCUGGAGGAAGAUGCUCCUGAGGAGCUGUUGCCGAUUUUUGAAUAUUUUGAAAAGACCUAUGGUCUUGGGGUAACAGCGCGAGGAAGAAAAAAAGGAAUUAAUCCCCGUUAUCCACCAUCUGUGUGGAACCAGCAUGAAGCGGCUUUGUCUGGUUCUCAUAGAACAAAUAAUAUAAGCGAGGGGUGGCAUAAUCGCUUUCAACUUGUUGUUGGAAAACACGAUCCUGACUUGUAUUCUGCACUUGGUGAAUUUCAAAAAGAACAAGCUGACGCAGAAAUAAUGAUAGCAGAGCUGAGUCUGGGAAGAAAAGUCCGGGCUAUGCCGAAAAGAAAAUGGAUAGAUUUCCAGGAAAGAAUAAUGUCCCUUGUGGCUGGUUAUGAAUCGUUCCAAGAGUUAGAAUUUUUAAAAGCUAUCGCACAUAAUAUUGUAAUCUAAUAAAUAAAGAGAUAUUCCUUAUAUAAAAAGGACAGUUGUCAUCGAUCUUCCUAAGAUUUGAUUGGUUAUUUGGUUUUCUUUGUCAUUCUCAUGUCAUUUGUCAUUCUGUCUUUGUCGGUUGUUAAUGAAAUAAAUAAACAAAUUUUCUUUCUCAGUCACUCACAUUUUUUUUUUUUUCCCGUCGUUAAGGUAAUCAAUAAAUUUAUUUGUUUAUAUAUUUUCAAAUCAAGAUUUGACAGAUCGCUUGAACAAAAAAUAGUCUUUAAAUUAUAAUAACUGUUUUUAUUGAUGAUAAAUGAACUGAUUUAUAUAUAACUUUAUUAAUAUGUUGAUGGAAAAAUGAAUAGGCUUAUGUACAAGAAAAUAAAAGUAUGUAUCUAUAUAAUAUCCACAUACAUUCUAUUUAGAAACAAGAAAAAAAAAAAAGGGAAUCAUUUUAUUCACAAUUUUAUUGACAAUUGAAAAUGUAAUCAUUCUAUUUUGACAAAAAAGUAGAAUAUAUAUAUAUACAUAUAUAUACAUGUCUCUUUGAGUAAAAAAACUGAUUAUUUCAGUAUAACUAUUGAUAAAUAUAUGACUGUUAUAAUUUAUUGGAGGAACUGGUCAUGUUGAUAUGAUUAAUGGCAUAGGUGUUUAUUUUUAUAAUUUCUUCUUUCACAUCUUAUAAAUAAUUUUUGAAAAUGAGUAAUGUCACACUUUGUUUAGAAGUUGUGGUGAAUUAUGUAAUGAAAAGAAAUUGAAACAAAUAAAAUGAGGAUUCGAAACUUUAAAGGUAAUAAUAUGUUGGUGUUGUCUUGAUAUUAGUCAUGAUCUCACUAAAAUUUCAUUGGAAAAUAUUUAUUAGUCUCACAAGAUUUUCAUGUAUCUAAGCUAGGGAAUUUUUUUGAAGAAGUUCUUUGAUCAGACUGGCCUUAAUAAAGAGAAGUUAAGGUUUUCUUCAUCAAUUCUUGAUCAGGCUGGCCUUAUUAAGGAUAAGUUAAGGUUGUCUCGAUCAAUUCUUGAUCAGGCUGCCCUUAUUAAGGAUAAGUUGAGGUUUCCUUGAUCAAUUUUUGAUCAGGCUGGCCUUAAUAAGGAUGAGUUAAGGGUUCCUUGAUCCAAUCUUGAUCGAGUUAUCCUUAAUCAAGCAUCUUGAUCAAAUAUUGAUCAAAUUUCGAUCAGGCGUGUGUUAAGGGAACAUUGAUCAAGUCUCAAUCAAGACUUGAAGUCAAAUCAGGCUAGCCUGACCAGAUUUCCACUCGGGAUCAUAUUUAUAAAGAAGAAUUUUUUUUUUUUAAAUAUUUAAGAACAUAAUAAUUCACUCUGUGUGAAUGAAUGAUUAAUUAAUCAAAAAUAUACAUACCCCUGAAAACGGAAUAGUAAAAUGGAAAAUGUUUGAAGUAAGCAAAAAAAUGUUACAAAAAAAUGGAUUUCUUUUCGACAAAGGUUGCCGGAAAUUUCAUUGUUUUAUAAAUUAUAUGUUAUUCGUGAAAAUAUAAUGUCGAAAUUUUUUUGAAAAUUAAUAAUCAACAUUAAUGAAAAAUAAUUGAAAAAGAAGAUUUUAAAAUAGGCGCAUGAUUUUUCAGAUCUUUAGUUUAUGAUUUGACAAAUGGCUCAAGAAAAACGAAAUAUUAGCCACUUUUUGAAUUUAUUUUAUCUACAAGUCGAUAUUUUUAUUGAGGGUGAGUUUGAAGUCUCAGAUUCAUAGUUUCACAAAAAUUCUAUUCAGAAAUAUAUGUUUUAUGUACAUGACUUGAAGCAGGAAACGUCGUAUUUCGUGUACAAGUUAUAGCAAAUAUAAAAAAGAGUCAAAAUUGAUUUUAAAAUUUUUUAGGAUAGAAGUACUGCACGGACAAAAAUGAAAAGUAAAAUUUAUCAUAAAAAAAUUGUAUAAUUAAUAUUUUACGGAGGAAAAGAAGAAUCUAAGGACAAAAUCAAGUGAAAAUUAUUUAUUAAUAAAAUGAAAAAACGGAGACGUGUUUUUAUAUUUUUUUAAUAUGAAAUUUACAAUUUAAAACAAUAAAACACAAGCUUAACCAUAUUAAUUUAUAAAAUUUGCAUUUUUUUUUUCCUGUAGUUUUUUUCAUGAGGUGUUUUUUGAAUAUAGGAAUCAUGAUUUCGGGAAAAUUCUAUUUAGAAAUAUUUUAUUAUGAACAUGAGUAAUUUUGAAGUGAAUGUUUAAUUAAUUAAUUGGGAAUUGCAUCACAGAAAUAAAAGAAUCGAAAAUAAAGUGAUCGAGACCUUGAUGAAUAAAGUUUUAUGGGUAAAUUAUGAGAAGGGUUUUUUAAAAGACAUAAGAAAACAUAAUUAUAGUUUGCUCUUUUCGUAACGUGAAUGAUUAAGUUAUCAAAAAUACUCAGCCAUGAAAAACUGAAUAGUAAAAUAAAAAAUAUUCGAACUAAACAUCCACAAAAAUGUCAUAAAGAAAUGAGUUUUGCUUCAACAGUGGCUGUACGAAUUUGUUUAAACUCUAUCUUUUUUAAAAAUUGUCUUUUAUUCGUGUGAACAGAGUGUUGUUUUUUUUUUUUAAAUUAUUACUAAAUAACAAUGAAAAUAAUUGAAACAUAAAUGUGAUUUACUAUUUUUACAAAAUAGCUCAAUGAAUGAUGACAUCAAGAGAAAGUAUGAUUGUGAUAAUAUUUUUUAAAAAACUAUCUUCUCAUGUUUAUAAGAAAAACAGGCGCGCGAAGCGCGCCCAGUGAUCUCGUAAAUAAAAUAAUACACUUGAAAAAAAUUUAUUCGGGAAAAAAAAUACUCGGGAAAAAGGUUAUUCGGGAAAAAUGAUAUUCGGGAUUUAUAGUUCGGGAAAAAUGCAUUCGGGCAAAAUGUAUUCUGGAAAAAGGUCAUUCAGGACGGAGGUCAUUCGGAAAAAAAGCCAUUCGGGGAGUUUGAUUCGGGAUAAAGAGCGGCAACCAUUAUUGUUACAUUUUGUUUACUUAAAAUUAUAAAUAUUAAAUCCCAAAAAAAAAUUAAUUUAAUCCAAAAAAAAAUUUUCAACGUCCU